CUGUCAAACUGACAGAAUUUUAUUAAAAAGCAGAAUUGACCUUACUUGUUACUUAACACGUGGUUUUACUUAAUAUAAUAAUUCAGACAAGGAAUACUUGUUUAAUUACGUAAAAUGCCGAAAAUAAAGAAUAUUGAGAAACUUAAACAUCCAAAUAGCAGAAAAACUAUUUCAUUGGUUAAAAAUAUGGUAAAAACAGAGAAAAAGAACAACAAUAAACUUGGAACGCAUAUUAAAAAUAAUUUAAUUGGUGAAAAAAUACUUUGGUUCAAAGAAAGAAUACCGGAAGGCUGUGUAAUUCUAGAUAAAGAACAGACGUUACAGUUAAUUGAAAAAUAUUUAGGUCGCUUUGAUGAUGAGUUAGAGCAAAUAUCAUUGAAAAAUUCCAUUGGUCAACGAAAGAACAGACAACAUGCGAGUAGAGAGGAUAUUAUAAAUAUAACUAAGAAACGUGAAGUGGAAGAAUUCGAAACCUGUGGCCUGGAAAUGCCAGACCUUAUGGAUGCUCAACAAAUGGAAGUAUUAAUGAACUGGAAUGGCGAACUUCGGUUUUUACAGAACUUCAAAUUAAAACGAAUUGCUAGAAAACAUUUAAUUUAAUAUUGAAGUUUACGUUCUUAUAUAAUUUUCCAUUUUUGUUAAGAUAUAAAAAAUAAAUAUCCUU